AUGGAGAGAGAGGGUCGGGUGGACUUCGGAAGAAGAGGAUUGUUUUGGUCGAAUCGGAGAGAUCGCGAGUCGACGGACGAGUCGAUCGCGGAUUUGGAGGCCGAAUUGAGGCGAGCUUAUUGGAAGAAGUCGUUGAAGGUUCAGAUCGCAUCAAAAGAAGCCAAGAAGAGUUUGGAUAUGGCAAAGGGUCGUUUGGAAACGGAGGCGAAUAGAUUGCGCGCGUCGAUCGAGUUGGAGGAGGAGGCACGUAGUCGUCUCCGAAGGAUCGCCGAGGCGAGAGAGAGCGCGAGUCGCGAGCUCGCGGAGAGGGAGGCGAGUAAGAGGGAGGAGAGAGAGAGACGCAGGGAGGAAGGGCUAAGGGAGAGAGAGGUCCUCGAGGAGGUCGAGAGGAGGUUGGAAGAGCGCGAGAAGUCGAGGACGUUGGAGAGGAAACUCGAACUGCGCGCGGAGAGGGCGGAGGAGAGGAGGAUAGUCGCGGAGCUCAGGGAGAUUCGUAGGGCGAACGAGAGGGAGGAGGAAGAGAGGAUAAAGAAGGACGGGGAGAGAUAUUCGCGGGAGAUCGAACGAAGGGCGAACGAUGCGAGGAGCCGGGCGAACGAGCACGAGGAACGACGAGAACGGGUUCUUACGUCGCUCCUAUCGACGAUUCUCGAGGAGGACAUGAGAAAGCGAGAGAGGGAAGUCCUCCUCGAGGAACUCGUCCUGGUGGAGAUCGAGCUUGACCGAACGAUCAAGGAUUGGAAGGAGAAAAAGUUAAGAACCACGAGGACCCUGGAACUACUUGAUUCUUUGAAUGAACAGAUUAGCUUGACGGAGCUCUGCAAGAUUAAAUUUUUAUUGCGCGAUAAGGAAUUCGCCGAGGAGAGUAUGAGGAGAUUGGCCGAAGACGAGAGAACUCUUCGAUUAACGGCCGAAGCGAAAAGAAGGGCGAUAUUGAGAUAUCGCGAGGAUCUCGAACGAAUGAUCGCCGAACGUCGGAGGAUAAGGGACGAGGAAAUUCAUAGGAUCGAGAGGGAAUUCGAGAAGGAACGUAGAAUGGAGGAAUUAAGGGCUGAGACCGUUAAGAUAGAACGCCGCUACUUAUUGCUCGAGCAUGCUUCGAACGUUGGAGAAUUUUUGAGCGAGAGACAUCUUACCGAGAGGGAACGAGAUGUACUCGAGCGAAGAAUGAGCUCGACGAUAAGUUGCGAUAGGGUCUCUUUAUAA